CUGUUGACUUUCCUCGCUCAUCACAUCACAAAGCAAGCAGAAGACCUGCAGGUCGCAUCAAAUGGAGCGCUGCGCUUGGCCUAAGAACCUCUCCUCAAGCCGCAAGCACGCGAUCAAGGAGCUCCUCCAUGGCCAGAAUCCCACGAAGAAGAUCAGACAUCUCUUCGACGCUCACUCUCAAACUGGCAAUGACACAGCGCAGCCCUUGAUUGCGGAAGAUCCGAUCGUCAACGUCCUCAGGUCGUUCAGCAACACCCUAUCCCUAUCGAGCAGUGCUGCCGAGUCCUACGAGGUCUUGCCGGUCCCGGCCAACGCCUGUGUUAGGUCCGAGGUCUCCGUGGAAGUCUCCGAGGAGAGCAUCAAGCCCCCGCCGGUCCCGACCAACGCCUGUGUUAGGUCCGAGGUCUCCGGGGGACGUGAGAGCAUCCACACCCCGGUCCCGAGAAAGAUUUCGGAUACACGGACAAGAUUGGACCAGAAUUUGAUCGACAACAACGGGCACAAAAGGAGGACAUAUGAUCAGAAAUUGAUUCUCAACUCUAAGUCACCCAAGUACUUCACAAAUGAUACAUCCAUUUUCAUUAAUUUCUCAUAUAGAUUUUUUUAUUGUUCUGUUUUUAGUUAAGAUAUGUACAUGAAUCUUAAUAA